AUGCCACAGUCGUCUUUCCAACCGUCGCCUACCCCAAGGCCUACCCCAGGGUCUACCACGUCUCACCCGCGGUCUUCUGACGGAUCCCUCUGCUCGCACCUCUCCCCGCUGCCCUCCCCUGCCGUGGGUAAGCCACUGGCAUCGGCAGGUAUGAGCAGCGCGGAGCUGGGGUCGCAGCAUCCGCUUCACAGGCCGCUGGGAUCCGUCGUGAGUGCGAGCCGCGCAGAGGUGCUGCGGCUAAGAGGGCAGCUGCGGCGGCGGGACGAGAUGAUUUUCUCGAUGCAGGCGCGGAUGGGAACGUUGGAGGAGGAGAGAAGGAGAGCGGAGAGGGAGACUGCGAGUGCUGUUGCAGCUGCUGCGGCUGCAAGGGAGGAAGCAGGGGUAGUGCGAGGGCAGCUGAGGGAGAGAGACGAGUUGAUUGGUUCCCUCCAGGUGAGGAUGGGCGCGUUGGAAGGGGAGAGGAGGCGUGCGGAGGGGGAGGUUGCGAGGGCUGAAGCAGCAGCAGCGGCGGCAGAAGCGGCAAGAGCAGCAGAAAGAUCGAGUGCGGAAGCAGCAGGUGCGGAGCUGCAGAAGCGAGAGGAGCUGAUAGUUUCGUUGCAAGCGAGAUUGGUGAUGCUUGAAGGGGAGAGGCGGAGAGUAGAAGAGGAGUUUGCGAUUGCUGAGGAAGCAGCAGCUGCGCAGGUGCAGAAGCGGGAGGAGAUGAUUGCGUCCCUGCAGGCGAGAUUAGUGAUGCUGGAAGGGGAGAGGCGGCGAGCAGGAGAGGAGGUGUCUGCGAGUGCUGUGGUUUCUGCAGCUGCAAGGGAGAAAGCGGGUGCUGCUGAGGCCAGUCCUCCCGAAUCUGUGCAGCUGACAGAGCGACAGCUGGAGGACAUCCGAGCCUUGCUGGCGGAUUACCGAACCUUGGAAUCCGCCCUGGCGGAGGCUCGGGAGGAGUGCCGAGCCUUGGCGGCAGCUAAGGAGGAGGGGGAGCGGGCGAUGGCACAGGUACUGGCGGAGCAUGCAGAGAUGGUGGAGGAGGUGGAAAGAAUGGAAGGGGAGAUCAAGAGAUUAAGGGCAGAGGUGAGGGAGAGACAUGUAGCGGAUGGAGAGGACAUGGUGUUUGGGCAGUGGAACAACGAAGGGAAGAAAGAGAGGGUGGGUGAGAGAGUGGGUGAGAUGGCGAAGAUGGAAGGGGAAGUGAAGAGACUGAAAAAGGAGUGUGGGGCGCUGGCGGCAGCUAAGGAGGAAGGGGAACGUGCGAUGGCACAGGUACUGGCGGAGCAUGCAGAGGUGGCAGAGGAGGUGGGAAGAAUGGGGGAAGAAAUCAAGAAACUGAGAGAGAGACACGUGGAGGAGGAGGUGAGGGAGCGGGUGGGGGUGCAGGCUGUGGUGGAGCGUGCAGAGAUGGCGGAGGAGGGCUGGCUUGGCAGUGGCUGGUGGGAUGAGGAUACAGGGCGGAGGGGGGGAGGAGGGGACGACUGGAAAACAAGUAGAUCCUUCAUUUGA